UGCUGGCCCUGCGCUGCCCCUGCUCUGCCCCGUGCCCGGCGCCUCGGCCCGGCCUCACGCUGCGAGGGAGCCGCGCACCGGCGGCGGAGGGGAAAGAAGACAGAUGCAUGUGAGUGCCCCAUGGCUGCAGCUGCCUCAGUUCAUUCAUUUAUUGCCUAUUGUAAUUUGGAAGCAUUCUUUAGGUCAGUUCAUCUUCUGGGACCCGUCCCUGCCUUCUGGUUAAGGAGUCCAUGCACACAUACGGGAUGACUCAACAGUGGGAUGGAUGUUCAGAUACCAGAAAGGUGCUGGUAACUUGACAGGAACCUCCACAUUCUUUGGAGACCUAUUGUAUGUGAGACGUAUCAGGAACCUGUGCAGUUUGAAUACGUCGGAUUGUUACAUUCUGAAACUUGCAUGAUGAAGAGAGCUGGGCAGAAGGUGGUGGCUGGAACUGAAGCUCCUGGAACAUCACAGACAAGCAAAAGACAGAAAACUAGUUUAUAUGGCUCAGUGCUUGAGGAAUCUGACCCAUGUGCCUCGAUGGAUUGGGGCAGCCUUCCACACCACGUGAUUCUACGUGUUUUUCAGUUCCUGACUUUAGUGGAUCGAGCCAGGGCAUCUUCUGUUUGUCGAAGGUGGAAUGAAGUUUUUCACAUCCCAGAUCUCUGGAGGAGAUUUGAAUUUGAACUUAGCCAGCCAGCCACUUCUUAUUUAAAGUCUACACAUCCUGAUCUCAUUCAGCAGAUUAUCAAGAGGCACGCUGACCAUCUGCAGUAUGUUAGUUUCAAGGUUGAUAGUAGUACUGAGUCAGCAGAAGCAGCCUGUGACAUCCUUUCUCAGCUGGUGAACUGUUCUAUCAAGACACUAGGUUUGAUCUCUACAGCAAAACCAAGCUUCAUGAAUGUCUCUAAGGCUCAUUUUGCAUCAGCACUGACAGUAGUUUUUGUGAACUCCAAGUCAUUGUCAUCAAUCAAGAUAGAUGACACACCCCUUGAUGAUCCUUCCUUGAAGGUUCUUGUUGCUAACAACAGUGAUACUCUAAAACUGCUAAAAAUGAGCAGCUGUCCUCAUGUUUCACCUGCUGGCAUUCUUUGUGUGGCUGAUCAGUGUCAUGGACUUAAGGAGCUGGCUUUGAACUACUACAUAUUAAGUGAUGAACUGCUGCUGGCUCUUUCAAGUGAAAAACACGUUGAUCUCGAGCACCUCCGCAUUGACGUCGUGAGUGAAAAUCCUGGACAAGUUCAAUUUCACACCAUUAAAAAGCAAAGCUGGGAUGCUCUUGUUAAACACUCCCCCAAAGUUAACAUUGUGAUGUAUUUCUUCCUGUAUGAAGAUGAAUUUGAUGCUUUCUUCAGAGAGGAAACACCUGUCACACACCUGUACUUUGGUCGUGCAGUGAGCAAGGCAAUGCUGGGCCGCAUUGGCAUGAACUGCCCCAGGCUGAUCGAGCUGGUCGUGUGCGCCAAUGGACUUCAACCUUUGGAUGAUGAACUCAUCCAGAUCGCUGAGCGCUGCAAGAACUUAACAGCCAUGGGGCUGGGGGAGUGUGAAGUCACCUGCAGGGGUUUUAUUGAAUUUGUAAAGAUGUGUGGGGGCAGGCUUACUCAGCUUUCCAUAAUGGAGGAGGUGCUGAUUCCAGAUAGUGAUUACAGCUUAGAUCGGCUUCACCUGGAAGUCUCCAAGCACCUUGGAAGAAUGUGGUUUCCUGAUAUGAUGCCAACGUGGUAAAUUCUCUGUGUGGAUAAAAUGGUGGAAUCGCUGUGUCGCUUUCUAUGCAAAUAAAAAAUUAAAAACUAAAUGUGAAAACUUUCUUCCAGA